GAGAGAUCCGCCUGUUGUGUUUUCACAGGGUGGAAGUCAUUUUCCAUCCAGAUUUCAGACUGGGAGAGAAAAAACGUCGGCAAGCAGAUAUCCAAAUGGAGGCUGAGUAGCAUAAAACGGGUUAUUGGCGCUGUUUUGUUGGAAAUGCAUCAGGCUUGCUAGCCGAGAGGAGCAUCGGCGCUUCAUUUCGGCUUGGCUCUUUGUUGUUGGAGCGGUGGAUCCAGACGGAGCCCAGCGGUGGUGGCAACAUUUCAGGUUUUUACAGUCCAGACAUGCUCUCCUGAAUCUCCGCCCUGUUACUUCACUCUGUUUAUCCUGGUCGUUCACUUUGCCAUAAUGAACCCCAGCCCCCACCUGUCAGAAGGCGGGAAGUCGGCCGGAGGCAGUCUUUUCUGCAGCAUUGGUCUGGGGUUGGACCGGGGGAUCCGCUCCCCAGACAGUCUGGCCCACACGCCCAGCCCGACUGGGGGAACUCCCAGCUCCAGCCCCCCUCUGUUGCUGUCGCCUGGACUUGGAGGUCUGGGUCUAGGCUCUCUGGGUGAAGGAGCUGGAGGUGACUGGGAGACCAGGGAGGAGUUGAGGCUCAGGGAGCUGGAGGAAGCUCGGGCCAGGGCAGCCCAGAUGGAAAAGACCAUGAGGUGGUGGUCCGACUGCACAGCCAACUGGAGAGAGAAGUGGAGUAAGGUCCGUGCAGAACGAAACAGAGCUCGGGAUGAGAUUCGGCAGCUGAGGCAGCGGCUGGACACCCUCACCAAGGAGCUGACCAGCGUCCGGCGGGAGCGGCAGGAGCUCGCCACCGAAAACGAGGCACUGCGCCAGGAGACACAGCAUCUCCGGGGCGACCCCACUUCUCACUCAGCUACCGGCACAUCUCACUUACCUUUGUCACCUCUCCAUCACAGUGCUUCCUGCUCCUCUUCCUCAUCUGCUACCCCCUCCUCCCCGGCACCGUCUCUCUCUAAGGUCAUAACAGACUGCAAGUUCGAGGAGGGACCACCAGGGUCUCCCGAAGCAGAACCGGUGAGGGAUGUGGACUUGGACAGAGAGAAGAUGGGCCAGCAGAAGGACUUGGAGCUGCUGGAGUCAGUCUUGCAUAGUGGAGCACCAGGUUCUGAUGCUCAGGACAGCUGGAGCAGUCGGGGUGUCAGUGCAGCCAGCUCCCGCUCAUCAUCAUGUCUGAGCCGGCAGGAACGGAGCAGACAGCUAUGGGAGGACAUGAGCUCAGUGGAGGAAGAUUCCAGCAAGCUCAACGCCCUGCAGCUCAGACUUGACGAGUCGCAGAAAGUCUUGCUGAAAGAGAGAGAAGACAAGUUGGCCCUGAGUAAGAGCAUCGAGAGACUGGAGACUGAGCUCAGCCAUUGGAAACUAAAAUAUGAGGACCUUAGUAAAAGCAAACAGGAAGCGCUCAAACAGCUGAAUCUGCUGAAGGAAAUACAUCAGGAUGAACUAGGCCGCAUCUCUGAAGACUUGGAAGAUGAACUGGGAGCUCGGACCAAUAUGGAUAAGAAACUGGCUGAGCUUCGAGCUGAGAUGGAGAGACUGCAGGUGGAGAACGCUGCAGAGUGGGGCCGCAGGGAGCGCUUGGAGACGGAGAAACUGGCCCUGGAGAGGGACAACAAAAAGCUGCGGGCUCAGGUGGAAGACCUGGAAGAGCAGCUGGCCAAGAAACGUCGGCAGGCCGCCUCGGCACUUGACACAGACUUAAAAGCCAUCCAGAGCGAGUUAUUUGAGAGAAACAAAGAGUUGGCUGAUCUUCGUCAUGUUCAUGCAAAGCUCAAGAAGCAGUUCCAGGAGCGCACUGCGGAGCUGGCCCACGCCAACCGGAGGGUGGAGACCCACGACGCCGAGGUCAAGAAGCUCCGUCUGAGGGUGGAGGAGCUGAAGAAAGAACUGGGCCAGGCUGAAGACGAGCUGGAUGAAUCUCAUAACCAGACAAGGAAGCUGCAGAGGUCUCUGGAUGAGCAGGUAGAGCAGAGUGAGAAUCUGCAGGUUCAACUGGAACACUUACAGUCGAGGCUGAGGAGGCAGCAGCAGAGUCCUGCUCUGUUUGGGAAGAUGCGAUCUGCUCGCUUUGGUCCUGAAAACCCAGAUGGCCCAAGAAGUGAUGUUGAUGAGGAAGAGGAGGACCUGCAGUUACAGAUUCCAUGACAUAUGUCCUCAUCCACAAAUGAACAGGAUGUUCAUUAAUAUGAAGUCUAGGAAGUGUUUUGCAGAAAGGGUGGAGUAUUACUGGACAUGAAAAUAUCCCAAAACUUUCAUCUAGAUUUAAAUCCAAAAGUCACUGUCUGUGUCUGUAAAUUCAUGCGGACUUCUCAGGAUGUCAAAUAAUUUCUGGUCAUGAAUUAAUAAAAUAUGAACACAGUCAGCAGGUCUUUUAGGAGACCUAGACCAGAUUUAAAUCAGGCUGCAUUGUGCCAAGCACACACCAGGAGCCUCAUGUAUAAAAGAGUCACACUAAAAAUUGACAUACGGACAAAUUGUGAAAAGUACAAAAAGCACAAAAAAAUGUAAUGUAUAAAACUGUUGUAGGGUUAGGGAACCAGACCACUUCCAGACCUCCAUCUGAAUUUUGCAUGUUAUCUGGGUCACGUGUCUGAAACCCAGCAACUGGCGAUGCUCUCCAUCCACAAGCCAAAGCAUUCCACAAUUUCACAGCACGCCUUUGCACAGCUACUUAUGUGUGAUUGUCUACACACUUUGAUCAUCUUUAAAAUUUUUAAACCUGACCUGUUUGGAAUUAAUCUGCUUAUCCGACUCCGUUUUCUUUUCAGUGAGAAUAAAUUACCCAGCAAAUAACAUGUAUUUUUUUCAUGCGCUUUGGAACACAAACCGAUCCGUUACAUCUUUAUGUGAGAAGAGCUGAGGAAAUUUACUAUGGACAUUCAAGUGAGGUUUUCACAUCCCUUUAUUUAUUUUGUAUGUGUUAUGUUACUGUCUGAGGAUAAAUGUGGUUCAGUUUCAUCGUUUACAUUUAAACAAUAAAAGAUUAUAAUCAUGAAAAAACAUUGGGUUCAAUGUUCCUUGGGUUAAAUAACACUGAAUGGAGUCAGAUUUCAGGCGAGUUUUGGCACUUUGUUGUUUAUUGUCCACAAAAUUUGAGUGGCUGCCGCACAUUUUCACAGGAGGUAGAAAGUUUGCACUUUCAUUUUUGUACAUGCCGACUUGUGCAUAAGAUAUGGCGACACACAUUUUUUGUGCAUACGCAGGGUUUAUACAUGAGGCCCCUGGUCCAGACUAGGCUACACACUCGCUAAAGCUCACAUAUUUAUGAGAGUUCCCAUAGGCCAAAACUUACAGACUCUCACAUAUACCAUCAAACUCUUAUACAUAUACCAAUAUGCUCUCAAAUCAACAUUUCAUGCUCCAUUAAAAAUAUGUUUUUCCCUGAAGGAAUGUCUAUAUUAUCUGUAAACAAAAUAGUUCAUUAAAAUGUGAAAUCAACUAAAA